AGAAGCAAAGAACAGUGGGACUGGAGACCUUUUCCUACACACAGGAUCCCAUAGUAGAGGAAUGCACAGCUGAGGAAGCAGGGAGGCCUAAGGAGUUGUAAGAUGCUGUCUUGAAUACCUGGCGAGGUAGAAAAUAUGACCGCUGUGCAUAAAGAAGGGGCUGGAGUCUCUUGGAAUGGCUUGAAUCUCAGCAGUUGCUCUGCACGUUCAACAAUCAAGGUGGCUCAUGGGAAAAUCAGGUCGGCUGUAUCGUGGAUGUGUAUGUGUUUUUAUCCCAACACUGCACCCUUGGCCGCCUCCUGCCAGGCACCUGCACACGUUGUGAGGCUGUGGCCCAUUCUCUGGCGUUGGAACAGAUGCCCUAGCAGUGAGGGAUGUGCUUUCUGAGGCAGGGCUCCACACCCCUGCCCCAUCCGGGUGCAGAUGACUUUCACAUCUUGAAAAGAAGGACUAGCCCAGGAAAGCAUGCCUCAGACGCCUCCCUUUUCAGCCAUGUUUGACAGCAGUGGUUAUAACCGAAAUCUCUAUCAGUCUGCAGAGGAGAGCUGCGGGGGGCUGUAUUACCAUGACAACAACCUCCUCUCCGGAUCUCUGGAAGCACUCAUCCAGCAUUUGGUACCUAAUGUGGAUUACUAUCCAGAUAGAACAUACAUAUUUACCUUUCUACUCAGUUCUCGGUUAUUCAUGCAUCCGUAUGAGCUAAUGGCCAAAGUUUGCCACUUAUGUGUUGAGCACCAGAGACUAAAUGACCCAAACAGUGAUAAGAACCAGAUAAGAAAAAUUGCACCCAAAAUCCUUCAACUUCUGACAGAAUGGACAGAAACUUUUCCUUAUGAUUUUCGGGAUGAAAGAAUGAUGAGAAACUUAAAAGACCUGGCUCACAGAAUAGCCAGUGGCGAGGAGACAUAUAGGAAGAACGUCCAGCAGAUGAUCCAAUGUCUAAUCCGCAAGCUUGCUGCCCUCAGCCAGUAUGAGGAAGUCCUGGCAAAAAUCAGCUCCACAUCUACAGACCGGCUCACAGUUAUCAGGACCAAGCCACAGUCCAUACAAAGGGACAUCAUCACUGUCUGCAGUGACCCUUACACGUUGGCCCAGCAGCUGACUCACAUAGAGCUGGAAAGGCUCAAUUACAUCGGGCCAGAAGAAUUUGUUCAGGCAUUUGUGCAGAAGGAUCCUUUGGACAAUGACAAGAGUUGUUACAGUGACCGGAAGAAAACACGGAAUUUAGAGGCUUAUGUGGAAUGGUUUAAUCGCCUCAGCUACUUGGUUGCAACGGAAAUCUGCAUGCCUGUGAAGAAGAAGCACCGGGCAAGGGUGAUUGAGCACUUCAUUGACGUGGCUCGGGAGUGUUUUAACAUCGGCAACUUCAAUUCCUUAAUGGCAAUCAUCUCUGGUAUGAAUAUGAGCCCAGUGUCUCGACUAAAGAAAACUUGGGCCAAAGUGAAGACUGCGAAGUUUGAUGUGCUUGAGCAUCAGAUGGACCCUUCCAGUAAUUUCUAUAAUUAUAGAACGGCUCUUCGUGGGGCAGCGCAAAGGUCUUUAACUGCUCACAGUAGCAGAGAGAAGAUUGUGAUACCAUUCUUCAGUCUUUUAAUCAAAGAUAUUUACUUUCUCAAUGAGGGCUGUGCCAACCGCCUUCCAAAUGGCCACGUCAACUUUGAGAAAUUUUGGGAACUGGCCAAACAAGUGAGUGAAUUCAUGACGUGGAAACAAGUGGAAUGUCCGUUUGAGAGGGACCGGAAGAUCUUGCAGUAUCUGCUCACAGCACCAGUCUUCAGUGAAGACUCUCUGUACUUGGCUUCCUAUGAGAGUGAAGGACCUGAAAAUCAUAUAGAGAAAGACAGAUGGAAGUCUUUAAGGUCGAGCCUUCUAGGCAGAGUUUAACAAACGGGAUGCUGGCUGCCGCUGCGUCACGCCGUCAUUGAGGGGCUGGCCUUGGUUGUUGGGCACCUGGGACUGCGAACAGUCAGGAAGUCCCCGCAAGCCUUGAUUUGUAAGGGACCUUGAAGAACAGACUCUGGAGAGCAGACGGGGAACUCGUUCCCCACAGCUGACAGACUGACUCGGAUCUUGUGAGACUGAAAUGUGCACUGAAGACACUCGAGAAAGAAUCCUCUGAAGAUCCCAGCUCUGCACAUGACUCAUCUCCUGGAAUUUCCAUGUGACUCACAGCUCUGCACCUGGAUGGAGCUUUCUUUUGUGUGUGUUUUUAUUAUUGGUUGAACAUUUGCUGCUAAUGGGACUUGUCCAGCUGAGCGCUGGCUCGUAGGAAGCCCAUGUUUCUUUGUUAACUUAAAUGGAGGAGGGAGAGGAAAAAUCCCUCCCAUUCGAUCGCAAACUUCAGCUCGGUGAAUGGCCAGGAGAGGAAGACUGGUUGAAAGCUGGCUGUGGACUUCGUUUCCCUUAGUGUGUGCUGUGUUGUGAAUUCCUCUCCUCCCUCUUCCCACAAAGUUUUGAGUUGGCUGCUGGUUAGCAAACUCCUUUUUACCCACAUAAGUUAUUUAAUAUAAUAAUGAAGCUCAACACUGUGGUAGGAAAAUAGCCACUAGGAAAAAGAAAAAGCAGAGUUUGUCAUUGGAUUGCUUCAUGUUCUAGAAAGCGUUUUUGUUUCCUUUACCCCUCUGAGCUGUUUACAGCUGACCACUGUGUUGCACAGAUGUAUUUUUCAGUAGUUUUUUUGUUACUUAGUUUUCCAUGACUCAUAUUUUUUUUUUCUCUUGUAUAUUUAAAUUAUCUGACUUUAAGGGUCUUGGAAAAACCCAGGCCUAAUUACAACUUAAUUUUUUUUUUUUUUAACAGACAGUUAUUUUUCAUUGCCUUUUGGAGGCUGUCGGUGACUAAACAUGUGAACAAAGAAUAAGUUGGAAAGGUUACCACCCCCAUGCCACCCCCGCCCCCACUACAGCCGUGCACAAAGCAAAUGAAAAACAUCUUGCUGUUAACUCAAAGGUCAACCUAACUGUGAAAAUCGUUCACCUUGUUAAACAUCUCAGUAAGUCUGUAGUUGCUCUGCAAAAAGGCAUUGUACUUAUUUACUCUAGGGGAAGCUGUAGGGUAGUAAACCGUGCUAAUGAACAAAACAAAACAUCGUGCUCAAAACAGAGAUGUAUUUGAAAAUCUUAAUGACGUGGUUUCAGAAAACAGCAUGUGUGUGUGCUGCACGCCAUCCCAGCAGACCUGCCAUGUCUCCAAGUUCUCCCUUUAGCAUCAUCAAUAUAGUUCAUACUCUGCAGCUGGACUGGUGGCGUCUUUUCUUCUAUGGGUGGGUGGUUGGGUGGGGGUGGGCUGUCAUUGCAGAAGUGCAGCUCAAAUGACCAUCUAGAAGUGUGUGUGUCCUUAGGAAGUGGCCUUUGGGGGUUUGUAUGUGGACACUGAAUUGAUGAAAAUGAAUCAUAGUUAGCAUUUAAUAAUCCUUACUUUGAGCUGAGGCGCGAGCACUACGUGUUUAGCAUAGAUCAUCAUCCCCACUUCUUAGGUGCGGAAACAGCCAUAUUAAUAAUAGUGAUUUGUUCAAGGCCACAAAGCUAAUGAGAAGCCCAGUGACUUAAACUAAGCCUUCUAAUUCCAGAGCCAAGCUUUCCACCCACCACCAAGCCUUCCCAAACCUCAGCAUAACCUUCAAACUUGCAGAUAACCUGUGAAUCUUCUGGAGUGGGGCCCCGGGGGUGCUGAUGCUGCCGGUCCUGGAAUCAGCUUAGAGUAGCAAGACACCCCCAAAAGCUGCCUCCUUUCCCGCUGCAUUGCUUGUCCCUGAACUUUGUGGCCCUGUAGUUGUUGUCAUGACAGCAGUGAUGUUUAACUUGCAACCAUCUACGUCAGGAGUCAGCAAGCAGUGGGCUACUGGCCAAAUCUGCCCCGUUCCUACAGCCCACAAGGUAACAGUGGUUGGGAAAAAAAAGAGAAAUAAUACUGCAUAAUACAUGAAAAUUACAUGGAACUCAAAUUUCAGUGUCCAUAAAUAAAGUUUUAUUGGAACACCGCCACACUCAUUUGUUUAUGCAUUUUUCUUGUGGCUGCUUUUGGCUACAGAGCCUUGUAGUUGCAACAGAGACUGGAUGGCCAGUCCUCAAAGCCUCAAAUAUUUGCUCUCUGACACUUUAAAGAAAGUUUGCUGACUCCUGAUCUAAGUGGUUCUUUGGAGCAUUACAAUGAGUUUGCAAAAAUGCCAUCAGCUCUCUAUUAUAACAUUAGAUAUAUAAAUGUGGCUACUGAAAAAAUUUUCCUAAAGUACUAUUAGGCCUAAAACGUGAUUCUGAGGCCAUUUAAUCAAUGAGUUUCACAGAAUUCCCAUUCUCACACAUAGCCUCUUGUGGUUUUUUUGUUUUGUUUUAAAUAUAUUUUUUAUUGAUUUCAGAGAGGAAGGGAAAAGGAGGGAGAGAGAGAGAAACAUCAAUGAUGAGAGAGAAUAAUUGAUCAGCCACCUCCCACAUGCCCCCACGGUUACACAUAAAGCCCACAACUCGGGUAUGUGCCCUGAUCAUGAAUUGAACCUGGACUUCCUGGUUCAUAGGUCGAUGCUCAACAACUGAGCCACACCAGCUCUUGUUUUAAUGUCCGAAUAAGCCAGAAAUUUAGACCAUGCAUUAACUUGUCUGUGGAAAUCAAUUACUCUCCUCCUCUUAGUGCUACGUGUGGAUUUGGACUCCCAGCGGGUAACUGGUGCAUUUAUAAUUCGUGUAGCUGGCUGGAAGCCUGAGUAAACACGGCAUGAGCGGCAGCAGGCGGUGUCAGUCGGAGACUCCCAUUCAGGAUGUGUCCUGUCCCGGCACGCCAGGCUUUGCUAAGCAGCAGGCUUUGAGCUGAGGCCCGAGGGAGCCUCAGAACAUGCUGGGUUCAGUAGAGCAGUGAGAGUACAGUUUUCACUCUUUGAAGUGCCCCUUGUUUUUCAGGACACGGGUUCCCCAGGGGUGGCCUUUCAUCGAACAAAGAACAAAGACAGUCAUCAGAAAUGGGUGGUCUUGCCUGGGUCUUUGAAGGUUUUCAGCUUUGCCUCUCACCUGGCCUGGCACUGGCACCCCUGUCCAUCUCCUCACUUCUCUGUACUCCUAGCUCACGUUUACAUCUUAAACUGCUGUCCAUAUGCCUCUGUGCUUAGAAUCCCAAGAAAGCACAGCUCCCAUCAGAAGCUGAGUUGCUGAACUCUGUAGGAAUGCUGAACUGUAGAUUGUUGACAUUCUCUACCUUCUGCUUGGGUGCAUUUUGUUUAUCCCAUGGCCUCUCUCAGCAAAAGACAGUGCCUACAUCGAUUCCCAACAUCUUACUAUUCUGAUGGAGAAGAAACACUGGAAUAGAAAGCAGGGUGAGGCUAACUUUCUUUUGGAGCUAAGGGUUCAAAGAGAUUCCUAGAUUGGGUUUCUAGGGAAGAUAAAUGUGGUUAGGGAUCUGGAAACUACUAACCAAAUGUAUAAAUCUUGAAUAUAUUCUGAUGGCAAUGCUAUUAACCUUACCUUAAGGCAUUUUAAAAGGCAGGACUUCUGUCAAACUUGGGCUUUUUGAGGUUUAAUAGUAAAUGAGCACUUUUCUAAGGGGGCUACUUUCUCGAUGAUUCAAGCCAAAGUCUUGUUUGCUGACUACAAAUGAUCAGAUAAUUGCCUCAAGUCCCUGCUUCAUGAAAUCAAGAUCACAUGACUGUUCAAUGCUGCAAAAGAGAAGUUGGGGUUUGUGGCUUAUGUAUCCAAACCUUAUAGAUUAAGGACCGUCAUUGAAAACUAGCACAUAAGGCUGGCUCCAUGCACGGAAGACCACUGCCUUAAUUCUGUGAUAAGAAUCCACUCCUUUUAAAGGAUGCUUUUUUUUUUUUUUAAUUAAUGCAAUGAGGAAAUUCCCAGAUAGCCAAUUCCUUUUUGAGUGCUGGCAGCCUUCCACAAACUUAAAUCCCAUUUUGCCAACCUGGAACCCUGCUUCCUUUCUCCAAGCGUCCAUCUAAUAAGAGAGGAAACAUCCCAAUGUGUGUGAGUGUUGAACAGUAUGAGGCAGCUGUCGUAGAAUAUUGUUAACAGACUUAAAGUUCAAUGUGCACAUAAGCCAACAUUUUAGGACUUCUAAAAAAAUGAUUUGUAGAGAUCAUAAUGUCGGGAACUAAAGAGGAAGAAGGGGCUGAUAUUUCUCAGAAUAAACAAGAGAAUUCAGUAGGUAUUCCUUGAAGGGUGCCAAACCAAUGGCUUUUCUACUGUGAAACAAAAUUUGCUUUCUUUCCCUCCUCCCACCCACGCUGCCUGGAGAAAAUGCAAGUUACAGUGAAAUCAUCUUUCUCUGGGUGAAUCAUCGUGGGAAAGUAAGUUCAGCAGAAUGUGUUGUCAAUUUGGUUGAGACCUCGCAGUGUGGGGGCCCGUGGGCAGUGUUAACUUUUUCACAAUGCAAUUAUGAGUCCUCCUAAGUGCAAGUGAGCCAUGAGGGGAGUGAAUGAGUGCUCACUAAGUAUAUAUUGAAUCCAUGAGCCUGUCUGUUAUCAGCCUGGUUAUUGGAGAUACACAGGGUUUUGGUUUAUUUAGAUUGAAUAAAUAUCAAAUGUUCUCCAAAUAUGUCUGGAUUUUGGAAAUUAGUAUAAAUUUAAGUGAUUCUGAUCCAUUUUUAUGGUUGGCACUAUCCCCACAGAUCAGCAAAGGAAAGCUAAGUCUCUGGUUUUAUAUUGUUAUUAAUUAGGUUGGUUACACUCCCAAUAAUUAUUAGUAUGUAUUGGUGCUUUUUGUUACAUGUUUAUUAGUACUGAUAAUCAUGACAAGAAAUCUAUCUUCUAAGAUAAUAUAAAAAUCCAUCAUUUUUUUUAAAAAAACUGAGACCAAUAUUGUUUACGGUCAUGGGAUAAGUCUAAAAUACACCCUAUGAGAUUACUAGAUGUGGAAUGAGAACUAAGGGCUAGACCUCACUCCCCCCAGAUUUCUGAGGCUUUGGGGCCACAUCCCCACCUUUUUCACCUGUGUCCUCAUCCAUAAGUAAUGGGUCUGGACUAAGUGAUGUGGAAUGCCCGUCUAAGUGUCUGUGGUUUGGGAAAGCACUUUCUCAGUUUGCUGGACUGGAAGGUGAAUUAGCAAGUAAAUACAGCAUCCUGCAUUUGUGCUCCCAACCUGUUCUUCUUCCUGCCUGGCUCUUUUGUGUUUAGUUUCAUGGUGUUUGAAGAGGGAAGGGGUAAGAGCCUAAUUGCUACUAGAUAGGAGAUAAAGGAAUGAUGAAGGCUCAUAACUCACCCCUCCAGUUGCACCCCAUGCCACCUAACAGGAUAGAGUUCUUCUUUUGUUUGUUCAUUUAAAAUAUGAUUUUUAUUGAUUUCAGAGAGGGGGAGGGAGGGGGAGAGAGAAAUAGAAACAUUGAUGAGAGAAACAUCAAUCACCUGCCUCCUGCAUGCCCCCUACUGGGGAUUGAGCACGAAAACUGAGCAUGUGCCCUGGCAGGGAAUUGAACUGGUUACCUCCUGGUGCAUGGGACAACACUCAACCCACUAAGCUACACCGGCUGGCUUCAUUUGUUUCAUUUUGAACGGACCCUGAACUCAUGCCUAUCAAUGGUCAGGCCAAUGCACAUUGCUUUUUCCUUUGCCAAGGAGCAGGUAAACGUUACUGUCAAUUUCAUUUUGUUUAUGUUGUUAUUUAUGUUGUUAUUUAUAAGAUGUUUUAGGGAUUAAAAGAAAGUUUUGAAAAAAA